AAAGUCUACUGUCCUCGGCACUCGUGUUUGCACGGGUGGGUGGGUCGGCUACAUUUAUUUGACACGCAUCAACCUCCCCACCUUUUUCUCUCCUUUCCUCACUAACAUUCUUCAUUCAAGAUGCAAAGAGUCCGAAUGUCAUCACACCACUUAGACCGGUUCUCGGAACCAGACUCUUGUUUUGAGCCGUUAAUAUCCGGUUUACCGGAUGACAUCGCUUUAAACUGUCUCCUCCGGUUGCCGGUUGAGUUUCACUCAACCGGCCGGACCGUUUGCCGGCGGUGGUGUAGCCUCUUUGGAAACAAAACCCGGUUCUUUACUAAAAGAAAAGAAAUGGGGUUUAAAGAUCCUUGGUUGUUUGUGUUUUGUUUUGAUAAGUGUAACGGAAAAGCUCAAUGGCAUGUUCUUGAUCUUGUUCAUUACUCUUGGCAUACGAUUCCGGCAAUGCCGUGCAUGGAGAAUGAUCAGAAAGUGUCUGCUCACGGGUUCCGGUGUGUGUCGGUUCCCGGUGAGCGGUCGUUGUUGGUGUUUGGUGGUGUCGGGGCCGAAGUCGAUUGCCCGCUUAAUUUGGGGAUGAGGUUUGAUGUGGAUUCGGAUAGAUGGAUUGUGUUGAAGAAGAUGAUUACUCCGAGGAUGUUUUUCGCGGGUGGGGUGAUUGGUGGGAGGGUUUAUGUGGCUGGAGGGAAUGGUAAUGACCGGUUCGAGCUUGAUUCGGGGGAGGUUAUGGACCCGAAAGAGGGUGUGUGGCGCCCGAUUGCGAGUAUGGGUGCGAGUAUGGCUUGUUAUGAUGCAGCUGUGGUUGAUGGUAAGUUGUUUGUGACUGAAGGUUGGUCUUGGCCCUUUUACUUUGUGCCAAGGGGUCAAGUUUAUGACCCAAAGACGGAUAAGUGGGAAUGUAUGGCGACGGGUCUUAGGGAAGGAUGGACCGGGUCGAGUGUGGUGAUGUUUGGGCGUUUGUUUGUGGUUUCGGAACAUGAGAGGACGAGGCUUAAGGUUUAUGACUCGGGUAAUGACACGUGGGAGACGGUUAAUGGCGCUCCGUUACCCGAACAGAUUUGUAAGCCGUUUGUGGUGAAUGGCUGCGACGAUAGGAUUUAUGUUACGGGAAGGAAUCUCUAUGUGGCGGUUGGGUUUAUUCAUCGGUUGAAUGGUAACUCAACCGAUGGAAAGCUGGAUUUUGUGGUCCGAUGGCAAGUUGUGGAAGGUCCACACGACUGCUCGGACCUCACACCUUCUAGUGUGCAAAUUCUCUCUGCGUAGUAUGUUUUUCGAUAUAUGAGGUCAUGUAAUUAUGUUGUGUUUAGUAACUGUGUGAAAAUGCAAGCGUUAAUAGUACCGUUAUUAGUGGUACAUAUUGUUGUUUUUGUGCUUUGAUGUUGAUUUGAGUUUAUUUUAAUCAAAUCUAUAUUCGGUUUAUAUGGUU